CCAUCUUCAGCCCGAUGCUCAAUCAGAACACCGAAUCCAAUGCGAGUUGGUCGCGAGCAAGUUGGGAUUUGGGGAGCAAGAAGGUUUCCAACCCGCCCUGCCCCAUGUUUCGGCCUUAGCUCCCACCCAGCCACCGAAAAGGGAAGGUCUCUCUAUCCCCGCCAGAUGGAAUAACCACGACAACGUGUGUUUGAGCCGCCAAGGCUAAAUGAACAACAUGCAUCACACCCAGCAAGGGCUUUUGACCACUGAUUCGGACAUUCGUCCGUCGUUGCGACAGGAUUGGAUGUAUAGCUUUCAAGAUAGCGGUCUAUGAAUAGCACCAUCGUCAGCCACGAUGAUAUGAAGUCAGUCCUAUAUAGACCACUGAUUCUUCGCCUCUUUGACGACAUGAUAAUCAACGCCGCCCACAUUCUUUACAUCAGAUCCCUCUGCUGACUCAGUCUUACAUCCCUCGUCUGGCAAAAUGAUUGGCUUGAAGGUCUUCCUUGUCUCGGCUUUGUCCGUUAUCAGCGUCGCUGCUCGCGCCGUUGACAUCGUCGCCGAGCGAUCUGAUGUUGAAGCUGUAGCUGAGAAGAGGGCCACCUGUGUUUACACUUGCGGCACCGUCUGCUACUGGCAGGAGGAUAUCGACGAGGCGCUGGCCAAAGGAUACAGCCUGGAGAAGUCUGGCUCAGCCCUUAACAACUACCCUCAUCAAUACAACAACUACGAGGGCUUUAGCUUCCCGACCGCUUCUCCUUGGUAUGAAUUCCCGAUCUUGUCCACUUACAACGUCUACACGGGCGGGUCGCCCGGUGCCGACCGUGUCAUCUUUGAUGGCAAGGGCAAUUUCGAUGCUUUGAUCACCCAUACUGGUGCCAGUGGCAACAACUUUGUCGCCUGCAAGAAGGCUUGAGUGUGCUUGGAAAUAUGGCCCCUUUGUUCGUACAUAAACUUUUCACAAAUGAUAGGAUUGCCAUUCGGUUAAAUUCUGUUUAAGCA